UCGUGGCGCCGAUUGGUUUGGCGCACCCGGAAGCGCGGCCUGCACGUGUUCCGGGAUCCACGUGUGGGAGGAAGCGAGGGAGGCACGGCCAUGGCGCCGGAGGAGGAGGAGGUCCCAGCUGAGAUUCGCGACUCGCUCCGCGCCUUCCAGGCGGCCGAGCGCGGCAUCGAGGCGGCGCUCGAGCCGCUCAUGUCGGCCCCGCGCGUUGAACGGCAGAACACGCUGGAUCCACUGGAGCAAGCCAAGCUGGACCUGAUGUCUGCGUAUACCCUCAACUCCAUGUUCUGGAUGUACCUGGUGUGCCAGGGCGUGAACCCUAAGAUGCACCCCAUCAAGCAGGAGAUGGACCGAAUCAAGACGCACAUGCAGCGUUUAAAGGAGAUCACCGAUAGGAAGAAGAUGGCGAAGCUGGACAAGGGCGUUGCAUCCAGAUUUGUCCGGAAUGCGCUGUGGACAGCAGAGCCUGACAGAGCCACGGGCAAGGAGGCAGAGUGAACACUCCAAUCGGUCUUGCGGAACAUGACGAGGAAGACCGCACAGAACAUGGGGGGAGCAUGACAAAUACCACAGCUCUGUCUUCCAGUGGACAAGUCGCAGUGCUGGAUGUUGGUCUGAGUGAUGCUUCCUCUCCCAAGCAUAUUAUUGCGUUUUUAGUGUUAGUAUUUGUAGACUGUUUCACUUUGGAAGGCCUUUGUUAAACUAUUUUAUUUUGUUCAAGCGAUUGUAUUUACAUUUUAUUAAAACUCAAACACAAUACUCAAAGUGUCCUCAGAGUACCAGUAUGCCAGACAGUACACACGCUUGUACACACUUCCACAAUAUUGUUUUAAUGCUCAGAGUAGAUAUUUUAUUGUUCGUCUUAUCAGUCGUACAUUAAUCUUGAAAGUUAUGUCAAUAGUACCAGAACAUGAAGUUAUUUUCACAUCAUGGGUAUCAGAGGUUACUCAAAGGGUUAUAGAAGUCACUAUUUGUACAAAAUUAGCACGUUUGUCAAUGUAUGGUGUGAAAUAAUUUAAACAUACAUAAACUUU